AAGAGGUGGUGAAUUUAAAAGAAAUUCUUAUUUUGUGUGUGCAGAAAAAUUCCAAUUAUUCUCCUCUUCUCGUGUGUUGUAUAUACGCGCAAAAAUAAAUUUUGGAUUUUAAGCUGCGCAAAUUAUGAAAAAAGAAAAGAUUUUUUUUAUAAUUAAAAUACACCUCAAUUAAAUAAAUAAGUUGCUUAAAAAAGAGCUAAACAACGGGUGAAGUUGUAGCAGACAACGACGGCGUCAACGUCAAACGUCUCCCCUAUAAGCUUGUUGUUGGAGAAAGUGAGAUAAACUGUUAUUUUAACAUAAAGUUGAAAAAAAAAAAAACAACAAAAGUAAGAGAGAAGGAGACAAAACAUUUUGCUAGCAGAAAAACAACAAUUUAUCGUGCGUCAAGGCAAAACGUAUUUGCAAAAAGAAAAACAACAAAAACUACUACUACUACAUACUAUCAUGUCUUCCUCGCCGGCAAAAUCACCAGCAAUCAACGAUGAUUGUAGCCGCCUUAAAAUGUUACCCCACACACCGCCAACCAGUCAAGAAUUCCAAAGACAAACUGAAACACCCUCACCUACCAACACCGCAACCUCGACACCCUUAUCAACACCUAAUUCUUUACAUUCCUCUAGUUUUUUACAUGAUCCCACCUCUGGUUCAGCACCGGGUAAACAUAAAUCAGCCUUUCUACCCUAUCGACCACAAGCCACGGUCCUAACUAAUCUACAAAGAGGCAAUACCGAGGCUACUUUCUGUCCCGUCGAGGUUAAGUUAUCCUUUCACGAAAGAGCUGGCCAAGGAGAAGUUACAGAAGAACAAAUUCACCAACAGAAGGCAUCCGAUAUUGAUGCUAAAGAUUCUUUUGGUUUUACACCCUUACACUGGGCAUGCUAUUAUGGUCAAUUGGCUACAGUGCAGCCGUUAAUCGAGGCGGGUGCUAAUGUAAAUGAAGAAGCACCGGAAAUGGUUACUCCUAUAUUAUUGGCCGCUUCGGGGGGACAUCAUGAGGUGGUACGGUUGUUGUUGGAAAAAGGUGCCGAUUAUAGACACAUGGAUAUUGUGGGUAAUACUGCAUUAAUGUAUGCCGCUGCUGGCAAUCAUCCCCAUACCUGUAAUGAACUCUUAGGCAAAGAUCCAGAAAUUUUAUCUACAGCCAAUGAGAAUGGUGAUACGGCUUAUUCGUUGUCUAUCGAGAAUGGUGCUACAUUGGCACAGGCGGUGCUGGAACAAUAUUUAACAUCUAUUUUAUCGUUAUAGAAUUAAGGAAAAUCGUUUUGAAUCCAAAAAAAAGAAGGUAA